GCCUCAACCAAUAAUGAAAGCUCUAAUCAUAGUUUUGGAAGUUUGGGAUCUCUAAGUGAUAAAGAAUCAGAGACUCCGGAGAAGAAACAGUCAGAACCUUCCAGAGGAAGAAAGAGAAAGGCAGAGAAUCAGAGUGAAAGCAGUCAAGGAAAAAAUAUUGGGGGACGUGGUCACAAAAUUAGUGACUAUUUUGAAUACCAAGGGGGGAAUGGCUCCAGUCCAGUAAGAGGCAUUCCUCCUGCAAUCCGUUCUCCUCAGAAUUCACAUUCACAUUCCGCCCCCUCUUCUGUUCGACAAAAUAGUCCUUCUCCUACUUCAUUAGCUUUUGGGGACCACCCUGUUACGCAACCAAAGCAGUUAUCAUUUAAAGUUACUCAGACUGAUCUCACAAUGCUGAAAUUAGCUGCACUAGAAAGUAAUAAAAAUCAAGACUUGGAAAAGAAAGAAGGUCGUAUAGAUGACUUGCUCAGGGCUAACUGUGAUCUUAGAAGGCAAAUAGAUGAGCAACAAAAGUUACUUGAAAAAUACAAAGAAAGAUUAAACAAAUGCAUUUCAAUGAGCAAGAAACUUCUAAUUGAAAAGAGCACACAAGAAAAGCUGGCAAGCAGAGAGAAGAGCAUGCAAGACAGAUUACGCCUCGGGCAUUUUACAACAGUUCGUCAUGGUGCUUCAUUUACUGAACAGUGGACAGAUGGUUUUGCAUUUCAGAAUCUUGUGAAGCAGCAAGAGUGGGUGAAUCAACAAAGAGAAGAGAUUGAAAGGCAAAGAAAGCUCCUAGCAAAGCGAAAGCCUCCAUCUACAAAUAAUUCUCAGGCACCAUCUGCCAAUUCUGAACCAAAACAAAGGAAAAAUAAAGCUGUCAAUGGGGCAGAAAAUGAUCCCUUUGUUAGACCCAAUUUACCACAGCUAUUAACUCUAGCCGAAUAUCACGAACAGGAGGAGAUUUUCAAGCUUAGAUUAGGGCAUCUCAAAAAGGAAGAAGCUGAAAUACAAGCAGAACUUGAACGUCUGGAGAGAGUUAGAAAUCUUCACAUACGAGAACUAAAAAGAAUAAACAAUGAAGAUAAUUCACAGUUCAAAGAUCAUCCUACGCUAAAUGAACGGUAUUUGUUACUGCACUUACUUGGGCGAGGUGGCUUCAGUGAGGUAUACAAGGCUUUUGAUCUUUAUGAACAAAGAUAUGCUGCUGUGAAGAUUCACCAACUUAACAAAAGCUGGAGAGACGAGAAGAAAGAAAACUACCACAAACAUGCCUGCCGAGAGUAUAGAAUACACAAAGAACUGGAUCAUCCCAGAAUAGUUAAACUAUAUGACUACUUCUCUUUGGAUACAGAUACGUUUUGUACAGUGUUAGAAUACUGUGAAGGCAAUGACUUGGAUUUCUAUCUCAAGCAACAUAAAUUAAUGUCAGAGAAGGAAGCUCGGUCCAUUGUAAUGCAAAUAGUAAAUGCACUACGGUAUCUCAAUGAGAUCAAGCCCCCUAUUAUACACUAUGAUCUUAAACCAGGUAAUAUUCUUCUGGUAGAUGGAACAGCAUGUGGAGAAAUAAAAAUCACUGAUUUUGGGCUGUCUAAAAUAAUGGAUGAUGAUAGCUAUGGUGUGGAUGGAAUGGACUUGACUUCACAAGGGGCAGGAACUUACUGGUAUUUGCCUCCAGAGUGUUUUGUAGUUGGCAAAGAGCCACCAAAGAUUUCUAAUAAGGUUGAUGUAUGGUCUGUUGGAGUCAUCUUUUUCCAGUGUCUUUAUGGCAGAAAGCCAUUUGGUCAUAAUCAAUCACAACAAGAUAUCCUACAGGAAAACACAAUAUUAAAAGCCACAGAAGUCCAGUUCCCAGUUAAACCUGUCGUAAGCAAUGAAGCCAAGGCCUUUAUCAGACGCUGUUUAGCAUACCGCAAAGAAGAUCGAUUUGAUGUCCACCAGCUGGCUAAUGACCCUUAUCUCCUCCCUCACAUGAGAAGAUCAAAUUCUUCAGGAAAUUUGCAUAUGACUGGGCUAGCAGCAUCCCCUACACCACCUACUUCAAGCAUUAUUUCAUACUGAAAUUUCUCCAAAUGAGGGCUGGCAUGAUAUCUCUGUGUAGUUUUCAGAUGCAGACUUUAGCUUGAAAGCAUUUGAGUGUUUUUACAUGGGACAAGUUUGAUAACUGUGUUAUUAGACUGAGGUCCUUCAUAGUGUCAUUUAUAUGAUGAGAAUGGAUCAUGGACUGUGAAAAAAUGUACCCUUCAGAGUGUUACCUUUAAACAUUGAAGGAUGACACUGCCUGUUGCAUACAAACAGGUGUUUUGUGUUUAAGAGUGAAGAAAAGGUUUUUAGUUUUUUCUGGGGAACAUUGUAAAUAAUCUUUUUAAUACUUAAAGUACAUUUGGUUGAUACUGGAGAGUUCUAAUAUGAAGGGUAGUUUUUCAUUAUUUAACUGAAGAAGAAAAGUAAUGGACAAAUUUGAACAUGCAGGGUAAAGUUCAGUGCCUGGACAUAACCCAAAAUAACACCUGCUUUCUAAGUGGUUCAUCUUUGAAACCAAAGUAAGAAGUGAGUUAGAUCUGUAUUAGGCUGUUCAGACAAAGGUAUAAUAUUUUGUUUGGCUAUGCAGGCUUGUAAAAGGCUGUACCUCAAGAAGAAAAAAAAAGAAAAACAUUGUACUUGUUUUAAUGAAUAUAGAUUUGAAAGCUCAGAUAUGAUUCCUGAUACAUUAUCUCUCAGAUAACUAGCUGAUUUUCAAAUCAGCUCAAUUCUUUGAAUUCCUGAUGCUUGCAGCAUUGUCAAAACUUGUGACAAGUUUCCAGGCUUUGCGAUAAAAGCAAAUGACAGUAUGAAACCAAAUGCAGAUAGGUCAUGUAUAAUGUUCUAUGCAGGAUAAUGAUAAAUUCCCUUCUAGCUCUAUUGUAAAUUGUUGUACAGAUGUCAUAUUUUCAGUUAUUAAAUUUCAGCAACUUACUCCUGUACAAAUGUUUAAAGUAUGGCUUUUUCUAAUUGGAUAUUGUAUUUUUUUUAAGUCUCCUUGAAGGCGCUUUUAAUUGCUGCUAAAUGAUGUUGCUUUUACUUUUGCAAAAGAAUCAGAUGACCUCCUUAAGGUGCAAGUCAACUGUACGUUAGAGAGAUUAAAAGUAGAUAAUUCAUAAACAAUCAAGGCAUGUAAAACAGAUCUGUGUUGGACAUAUACAGUACAGUUCCUUAAGUCAGUUUCUUGUGCUCUCAACCUGUAGAGCACAUUGAUACUAGCUGUAGAAGUUGUUCAUGGUUAUUCUCUAUUUCUGGAAGUUCCUAUCAACAAGGAAAUGUUUCUUGUGGCUUGUACAGAUAUUUUAAAAUAUGAAACAUUUUCUAACUGCCUUGUCUGGUAGAAACUUAUUUUUCAGAAUGCUUUAUCUCUCUCUCCCCCCAUUCAUUAUUCUUUUUAUUGUCACAUUCAUGUUGCUGAAUACCUAUCUGUAAUUUUGUCCAUGUUGCAGAAAAAGGAGGCUGUAUUACCACAGGUUUUCAUUUAAUAUUGUACAGUCAAACUGUGGCUCUUGUUCCUGAUGUUGCAAGCCAUUUUUGUUUUUCAUUGUACAUAAAGAUACAUUAACUGUCUCUCAGAUGCUGCUGAAAUUGUAGAGAAUGUAGCCAAAACAGUAAUAAACAAUGACAGUUGUAA